UUCGCCGCGGGCUUUGAGUGAACUAACAUGUCAGGAACCUGGAGUAUCGCCAGCAGCCACAGGGAGACGAAUGAAACACGUUAACUACAUGUAGUUUUGUGUACAACGGUAUAUUGGUGCUUAGGUCCUAAUAACUUUCAUCGUGGGAGGUUCUCUAUGCACUUGGCUCCCUGGUUUUCGCUGGUAGAAUGGGCUCUACAGGUAAUCCUCCCCGUAUGACAGCCCGGGGCCAGGUAGAUUACAGCUACUCUGGGUAUUGACGAGUCAAACUGGGUCAAUAACAGCGAGGUGAGUGUCUUACGGCGGGAUAACGUCACUGGACCACUUGUCUCAAGGACAUAGAGACGCGGGAAGAGUUUCUUCUUCUGGUUAGGGAAGGGGACAUUUUAGUCAGAGAGGGCCUGGGACGCAGGCCUCCCUCCCCUGCAGCCAUGCCGGUCACUACCCGUGACGUCAAUGAUGUGGCGCGUCUGGUUUCAUGGAAACUGGAGAAGUAUAUCAACGAUAAACACCGUGAGCUGUAUUUUGAUGCCUCUGCCGGACCCAGGAAAGAAAGCUACCCGUCGUGGGAUUUCAAAGGCGUCAACGAAAUGGUGUCAAGGGACAAGUCCGACCGGAGAAGACAUUUCAGGGAAAGACAACUCAUGCAAAAACGAUCAACUUCGGACAGCAUGCAGGGGGAUAAAAUUGAUCCAGUGAUUAUCGAUGACCAUCUUCGAUCUGUAACCGAAAGCGAGGCAUCGUCUCUCGUCAGAUUCGCCAACAAAAUCUUCAAGGAACACCCAAUCGGCAGCCUACAGCAACUGCUGGAAUACAAACCUAGGCCGGAGAACGGUGCAGGACCGGACACUGUGCAGAAUUUCAACUUUCACGUGGGUAGCUGCUUAAGGUCACGUGACUACAAAGAUUACUAUGAAAAAUACGGGCUGAAGAGUGGAGACGUUAGCAAUAGGCUGACACCAAAAGUUGAACAUUCAUCCAGGCAAUUCACUAAGUCGUCCGAUAGGGAGUUAAUUAAGAUCGGCUACGAUGAUAAAGAAAACAGACAUAACAGUCCUGCUAAGGGGGCUGCAGAUCGUAGGAGCAGCCAAUCCCUAAAACAGAAUUACCAACACUGGAGUAACCAGUCACGAUACAAAGCCAGCGUGCGGUCUCUAAUCAAGCUGUUACUAGACGAGGGUACGAGCCAAACAGUGGACAGUAAGGAGACCAGGCAUGGACCCAAGAGAAAGGCCUCUCUUAAACCUCUGGGUAACAGAGACAAGAGGAAAUCUCUUGUCCACGACACCCCCGCAGAUGCAGAACCAUCCGCGUUGAGCACGAAGGAUUACACGAUCGAUGCCGCUUUCUUCGAGCAAAUGUACAAAAUGUAGGAACGGAAGUUGAAUCAUGUGCCUUGUUUAAAUAAACAUUUACGGAGAGAGAAAAACGUUUGAUUAUUCUGGUAAAAUCUAAUGCCAAAAGUCAAAAGAUCAACUUGCUUCUGCAGCAAUAAAGUUUGUCC